UUUAGGUAAGCGACAACAUACCUACCUUAUCUAACUAAACCGGAUAUUAGUGGUGCCAAGUAUCGAGUACAAUUGCCGCGUGCUCCUUUGACUUUGCCGUCUGCCCGACCGCCCACCCGGCCUGGAGAAGCGGGUCUCAUAUGUUGUUUGAAAUCGAGCCUUGUGCGGACCGAGGUUGGCGGACACGGCGAACAUACUGGGCAAUAGUUAAAGAGUGCUCAGCAUCAUUUUUAUUUCCACUGGAGAACCUGAAAAUUAUUUUAAUAAGUUAUAUAGUUUCAAUUGACGCAGAUUAUUACCCUACGUGCCUACCUUAGUCUACUGUUUCACCGUAUUUAACCGUUGAGGUAACCGACGAGCCUUGACUCUCAAGUUUGACUGCCCGCACAUGCCUCGGCACUGAUCCGAGUCGCGCAUCAACUUCUACCAUCCACCCCUCAGCCGCUCACAACCAUAUCUCUCACCACUUUCGAGCUCUCCUUUCUACGGAGUUGUGCAGUAAAAUCAACUGCCGAAAUACAAAACCAGCGCAACAUCGACGUUGUUUCGUGCGCCAAGAUCCAUCCAUCACUAAACCCACCUAGGUACUUGCACACACAAGAUACGGCAGUAGAAGAAAGAUUCAACCAAUAUGAGUGCGCAAGCAAAGUCGGCGCCAAUCGGCCCUUGGGCCCGGGCCACCGCCGGAGCCACCGGUGCCGUACUGGCCAACGCCCUCGUUUACCCGCUCGACAUUGUCAAGACACGCCUGCAAGUCCAGGUUAAGCCAAAGACCGGCGAAACACCUGCCCCGGGCAGCGAACCGCAUUACAAUUCGACAUGGGACGCCAUAACAAAGAUAAUGGAGCAAGACGGUCUGGGCGGCCUCUACGCCGGAAUGGGUGGCUCUCUCAUCGGUGUCGCAUCGACAAAUUUCGCCUACUUUUACUGGUACUCAGUUGUGAGGGCUCUGUACUUCAAAUCCGCUGCCAAGACAGGCAUAGCGCCCUCGGCGCCAUCCACCGCCGUGGAGUUGGCGCUUGGUGCCAUUGCCGGUGCCGUUGCACAGCUCUGUACCAUUCCUGUUGCGGUUGUUACCACGCGACAGCAGACACAGAGCAAGGAGGAGCGCAAGGGGCUAUUUGACACAGCAAAGGAUGUCAUCGAGAGCGAAGAUGGUGUGUUUGGGCUCUGGCGGGGUCUGAAGGCGAGCUUGGUCCUGGUGGUUAAUCCCGCCAUCACCUAUGGAGCUUACGAGCGCCUGAAGGUUAUGUUCUUUCCUGGAAAGAGCAACCUGAAGCCUUGGGAGGCUUUCGUUCUUGGGGCCAUGUCAAAGUCUCUGGCCACGAUUGCAACUCAACCUCUUAUCGUUGCCAAGGUUGGUCUACAGUCGAAGCCGCCUGCGUCAAGGAAAGGCAAACCGUUCAAGAGCUUUGUCGAGGUCAUGCGCUUCAUCAUCGACAAUGACGGGCCAACGGGCUUGUUUAAGGGUAUCGGGCCGCAAAUUUUGAAGGGGUUACUCGUUCAGGGCUUCCUCAUGAUGACCAAGGAAAGGGUGGAGCUUCUUUUCAUCCUAUUCUUGCGCUAUAUUCAAACCGCCAGGUCAAAACAGCUAUCCAGCGCUGCGGAUUUGGCCUCAAAGGCGACAUCUGCGGCAAGCGGAGCGGCAAGCAAGGUCUCGCCCCUGGUUACGAAGUAAAAGACAUCAGAACCAGCCGGACUAUAGAACUUAGACAUGGAUGACUGCACUAAACUAUGAGGAGAGCGUUGUUGGCAUUGUUGAGAACCUUUGUUGCAUCUUUGACAAUUUCCAUCAGGCGCGGUUGAUAUUCACACUUUACUCUGUACAUUUUGAUUAAGUUGGAUAGAACCUGAGUUAAGUCUUUGACUUUUUUCGACAAUAGUAAAUAAAAUCUGGGAAGUUACCCAGUGUGUUGUACAUAUCCGC